AUUUUGAAGUGUUUGUAAAUUGUCUUUGAUGAUGAAUAACAAUUGAGAAGCAAAGAUAUUGAGUUUAAAAAAACCGAGAAGUCAUAAUUAAUUGAUUGAAGAAAAUAGUUUAAGAAUAGUUCAAUGAAAAUAUUUGCCAUAAAAUAUAUAAAUUUUAAUUAUGCCUAAAAUAUCAUCAGAUAAGAAGCUAUUCUUUAAGCUUUUGGGAAAAGAAUUAAAUGAAGAAGAAUUGGAAGAGUUACUUUUCAGAUUUGGUAUUGAAGCAGAAGAAAGAGAGGAAGAGCCUGAUCUAUUAUAUUUUGAAAUAGCUGCCAAUAGACCAGAUUUAUUAUGUGUUGAAAAUUUAGUGCAUGCAUUGAGAGUAUAUAUGGGAAUGGAAAAAAAGAGAAAUUUUAACUUCAUUCCUGCAAAAGAAACAAUUUAUGUUAAAGCUGCAGUAAUUCUAGUAUAAAAAAUUAAUAGACUUAAUAAAUCAGACCAUUUGUUGUUGGAGCAAUACUAAGAGAUGUUACUCUAACAGAAGAUAGUUUUAAAUCUUUUUUAUCAUUUUAAGAUAAAAUACAUCAAAAUUAUGCUAGAAAAAGAACUUUAGUUUCUAUAGGAACUCAUGAUUUAGAUAAAAUAGAAGGACCCUUUUUUUAUGAUGCAUAAUAACCUUAAGAAAUUGUAUUUUAAGCUUUAAAAUAAAAUGAAAAGAUGAAUUGUAUUGAUUUAUUUAAUAAAUUACGAGUAAAUAAUAUUACAUAUAAUUUUAGGAAGACUAAUAUUUGAAAGGUUAUUUGAAGAUUAUUGAAAAUUCACCUGUUUAUCCUGUCAUAUACGAUAAUCAAAAGAGGGUAUGUUCAUUACCACCAAUAAUAAAUGGAGAGCAUUCUAAAAUGUCAGCAGAAACUAAAAAUAUAUUAAUUGAAGUUACAGCAGUAGAUGAAUAAAGAGCUUUAAAUACUUUAAAUUGUUUAGUAAGUGGGUUUGCUAUCUAUAAUGAAAAUUUAAAUAUUGAAAAGGUUAAUAUUAUCUAUGAAGUAAAUAAUAAACAAAUUGUUACACCUGUCAUAGAUGAAAGAACAUUAACAACAAAUAUAUAAUAUAUUAAUAAGGUUUUAGGAAUUAAUAUAAGUAAAUAAAUUAUAAUAAUUUUAGCAACUUAACAUGCAAGUGAAUUAUUAUAAAAUAUGGGUAUAAUAAGUGUUGCUAAAGAUGAAAAUAUUUUAGAAUGCUAAGUACCAUUUUAUAGAAGUGAUAUUCUUUAAUAAUGUGAUAUUGCUGAAGAAAUUGGAAUUGCUUAUGAUUAUAAUAAAAUAGAAUUUAAAGUACCAGAAACAGCUACAACUGGAUCAGAAUACAGAUUAAAUAAAUUAUCAGAUAUGGUAAGAGAAGAAGUAGCACUAUGUGGUUUUGUAGAAUGUUUAAAUUUUGUGUUAAUGUCAAUUGAUGAAUAAACAAAAAUGUUAAAUAGACCUAAUCUAUAAAAUUAUGUAUCUAUUAAUAAUUCAAAAACUCCAUAAUUUUAAACUGUGAGAUCAACUCUUAUUCCUGGAAUUUUACAUACUUUAUAAGCUAAUUCAGAUAGCAAAUUACCAAUAAAGUUAUUUGAAGUUUCAGAUGUUUGUGUAAAAGGUAUGAAAUCAGAAAAAGAUGGAUUUUAAAAAGGAGAAGGAUAAGUUGGAACAUAUAAUUAAAGAAAUUUAGUUGCUAUUCAUUCUAGUAGUAAAAAAAGUGAAUUAGAAAUUUUGCAUGGAUUAUUAGAUUAAUUAAUGAUUAAACUAAGAGUCAAAAAGACAGAUUACCAUUUGAAAUAAUCUAAUGGUAAUUUUAAUCUUUUAUUUAUAGAUCCUUUAUUUUUCCAUUAAUUAUAGGCAGAAAUAAUUUAUAAAGAUCAACCAAUUGGAGGAUUAGGAGUAGUUCAUCCAGAAGUGCUUGAAAGAUUUGAUUGGAAAUAUCCAGUAACUCUAUUAGAAAUGAAUAUUCAGGUUAUUUUGAAUGAUUUCUGAAAUAUUAUGAUAAAUCAUUUAAUGAGA